CAACCUGCUUCUUCUUCUCUAAUGGAUAACCAAGAAGAAGAGCCUAAGCAACCUCCAAACAAACUUCCCGAUCUAACUCUCUUCGAGCAAGCAAAUUCUGAAAUUGCUCUCGCAGCCUCCCAAGCUAUUUCCCAUUUUGCCCCUUCUAAUCAUGACUCGGCCUCUUCAAGGCUUUCAAUGAUAGAAAGUGAUGAAGAAUCUGAAGAUGAAGAUGAAGAAGAAGAAAGCAAUGAGAACUACUACGAGUAUUUAGAUAGCAAUGGAUUUGGAGUAGAUGAUGACGAAAUCAAUGAGUUUCUUGAAGAUCAAGAAAGCAACUCCAACCUUGAAGAGGAUGAUUUCUUGGAGGAAGAAGAUGAGGUUGACCCCGACCAGUUGUCUUACGAGGAACUGAUUGCACUUGGAGAUUUCAUCGGAGUCGAAAAACGUGGGAUGACUCCAACCGAAAUCUCCACGUGUUUGAAAGCAUCUACCUACAUAUUUUCUCAUAACAAAAACGAGAUUGAUCGUUGUGUCGUUUGCCAAAUGGAGUUUGAAGAAAGAGAAUCUUUGGUCGUUCUACGACCUUGUGACCAUCCAUAUCACUCUGAAUGUAUAACCAAAUGGCUUGAGACGAAGAAGAUUUGUCCUAUUUGUUGUUCCGAACCAUCUGUGAGCUGAAAUCUCAACAAUAUUAAUUUAAUUA